AUGGAGGUGUUGCUAUCGUUCCUAGCAACGCAAUUAUUUCUAAUCACAAGCUUGAAAGUGAAUUCGGUGGAUGGCAUACAGUGCUACCAGUGUAUCAACGCGAGUAUCUGCAAGGACCCCUUCGUGUCCAACCACACUGGCAUGCAGUUCUGCGAGGGAAACUAUUGCGUUAAAGCGCUCAUAGACGGAAAUGUCAUUGCGAGGCUGUGCAUCGACCAAUCGUCAUUCACGUCUGAAUGUAUUUCCGGCGACUACGACUACACGAAAACGUGCGUUUGCAAGAGAAAUUUGUGUAACGGCGCUUCCGGCCACCGGACCACAACCACCAGCCACAGCUACAUUUUUGUAGCCACCGUCGCCAACUGUCUAGCUGCUUUUUGGCUACAUUUUUUUUUUCAAGAUAAAAAUUAA